AUGAAGCUCACUUACAAGGACAUUUGCACCAUCGGUACGGGGCUCAUCUUGAUCGGAACCUCCUUCAUCAUGGGCGUUUUCUUCGCCAACCAGACCUACGACUACCACAUCCUGUUCAACACCGAUCUGAAGCCAUCCCACUUCGAGAACAGUCUGCGCCACUACCAGACCCUCUACUACACCGCGCCUCCCGUUCUGUACGCGCUGGGCGCUGUCGUUAGUCUCGGUCUGAUUGGAUGUCUCAUUAAGGUUUACAAGCCCAACCCAGACCUGAAGAUCUUUGAGUACGCCACCCUGGUCAUGUACGUCAUUGGCGUGUGCAUGUUCAUCACCAAUAUCAAGACCGGUAUCGAAUCUUCUGUGUCCAGCAACUGGGGCGAGGUCACCGAGAACCAAGGUCUCGCUGUGAUUGCCUCCUCCAAUGUCAUCUUGCUGGUGAUCUUUAUCGGCGUACUAGUGCUCCAGGCCGGUUUGUGGUACUCUCACUGGGAGUACCAGCAAAGGCUGGAACAGUUCUACGCCGAGGAGGCCAAGACUGCUGCUGCUGUCACGCCCACCGGCGAGACCAAGCCUGCCAAGAAGACUGAGGCAAAGAAGCAGAAGUAA